AUGGAAGUGUCUGGACGGAGAGAAACGUCGAGAAAUGAUCGGGAUCAUGGCGGGCAGCUAUGCCAGCCUUGUCGUGGGGAAGGUGACGAAGUUCCAGCGGAAGGAUACUGUGAGAAUUGUAAUGAGUAUUUCUGUUCAUCAUGUCUGAAGGUUCAUCGCAAAAUGGCGGUCACAAAGAAUCACGUGAUCAAAUCUAAAGAUGAAAUGCCGACCUCCCCGGUUAAAACAGAUCCGUGCGUACAGCCGUGCGAUAUUCACAAGUCAGAGACCGUGAAGUACUAUUGUCAUCAACAUGAUUCGGUCGGGUGUGGGGAUUGUAUGGUUAUAGAUCAUAAAACCUGUAAAGUUGAGCUGGUUUCUCAUGUAUCUGGUAACUAUGGUAACAGUGGAGAAAUUAAAAUGAUCAAAGAAUCGAUAGAGGAAAUCGAGAGAAGAAUCAAUUUGGUUAGACAAGAAAUGAAAGGAAAUUUAAAAACUGCUGCAGACAUGAAGGCCAAAAUCGUAGACGAAAUCAGACAUUUCCGGAAAGAGCUAAACGCUUACUUGGACCAGACUGAAGCAGAACUUCUAAGCGAGGUUGAACAACUUAAUGCUAAUGAUGUCGAUGUACAAAAGGAUCUACUGAAAGAAUGUGAUUCAAUCGAAUCUGAAGUAAAGGUUUUUCAAGAGAAAAUAGACCAGCAUGAAGAUAAGAUCAACCAGCUCUUUGUGACAGUCAAACUUGCAAAGAAAAGAUUAGAGACAUAUCAAGAAUCAGUCAAAAGUUUAUCGUCAGUGAAAAGAAUAAAUAGUUACUCAUUUGAACCAUCUGAAGACCUGAAGGCUCUGCAAGUAUCCCAGUCCCCUUUUGGAGCACUUUCUGUAGCAACUAAGACAUGCACUGUCAAAAAGAAGAAAACAAUAGCAGAUAUGAAGGCACAUUUCCUGAGGGAAUUGAAUGUUCGAGCUGAAAACGAGAGUAAAUGUUUGAUAACAGGCAUGGCUAUUAUUUCAAGUGGUGAAAUUCUGCUUGCAGAUUUCAGCAGCAAAUCAUUAAAAGUUCUAAAUAUACAAGAAAACAAGAUUGUUUCCAGGUAUAUGUAUUCACCACCAGUAGCACCAUGGGAUGUAACUAUCAUAAAUGCAGAUGAAAGUGCAUUAACUUUACCAGUAGUCGGCAAGAUCCUAUUUAUGAACACAACAGAAGGUCUGUCUGAAAGUCACACUUUGGAUGUAAAGCCAUGGUGUAAGGGAAUAGACUACCAUAAUGGUAAAAUCGCAGUAUCAUACACAUCGUAUCCUGCUGUGGUUGAAGUUCUGAAUAUGGAAGGGGAAAUUCUGCAUCAUUCAGACUUUCCAACUAACAGGUCGUAUUUCCCUGGUUAUUUGUGUUUCAGUAAAGAUGGUAAAAGUAUUUUUGUGUCCGAUGAAACACAUAACACAGUGCAAGAACAUUCUGCCGAAGGACAACUGAAGACUAAAAUAGCUGAAAAUCUGAAAGGACCAAGUGGACUGGUAGUGACAAGGGAUGGAACUAUUGUUGUUUGUGAUCACGACGGCGACACGUUGAGUAUGAUAGUUCCAACUACAAGAAAAGUUAUUCCACUCUUCGUGAAACAUGUGAACAAACCAAGGUCUGUUCUUAUUUGUGAGGAAAGCAAUCAGAUGUAUAUUAGUGAGUACAAUAACAAGUGCAUCAAGGUAUUUGAUCUAAAGUAG